UAGGCCGACGCGGAGCAAGCUGAGCGUAGCCGUGUUAGCGCGUACGGGCUAGGCUGAAAAUGCCUGUGUUUUACACCCCCAUUCCCCAGAACCUGAGAGUGGGGCUAGCUCACGCUAGCAGCUCAGUGUUUAUUAAUAACAGGACGAGGGACAGUGGUGACCUGAGGGAGCACAGUGUCGAGGAUGAAGUUUGUGGGGAAGUAUCUUCUCACCUGCCUCUGCAGAUGCUCCUCUACUUUAACAUGUUCUACUUCCCGUUCUGGUGGAUCUCUGAGAUCGUCAUGCUGGAUCUAAAGUUCCCCAUGCUGCCCGGAUACUACCAGUGUCUGAUGGUGAUGGGAAUGGUGCUAAUUAGCUUAUUUGAGGUGAUCCGUGUCUACCUGGGUUAUGUUGGGAACCUGAAAGAAAAGGUGCCAGAGCUGGCUGGUUUCUGGCUGAUCUCCUUCCUCUUCCAGCUGCCGAUCCUGCUCUUCUUCCUCAGUGAUGAAGGUCUGCUGAUCCUGCCUCUGGAGCGGGCGGUGCACGCUCUGUAUCUGGUCUUUCUGCUGGGUGAGGUGUCCACCUCCUUCAUGGCUCUGAGGGUCAUGACCCGGAAACUCGCCCUGCAGUUUCACCUCCGGCAGUUCGGCCUCCACGCCACGGACACGCUGUCAGCAUUCGGCGCCAGGAGCGUAUUACCCAUGCUGCCCAUCAGAGACAUCCAGCCACAGUGAUCAGUGUGUGUGUUUUUCUUUUUUUUUAUUGCAUUUGUACUUUUUCAAAGUUUUAAUAAACUUUUCAUAAAUUUCUUAAAUAUUCAAUCAAUAAUAGCACUUUUAAAAUGAUUAACGAGCUUAAUCUGUCUAUGGUCCAUUCCACUAAAUGGGUGCCAUUUGCAUGUUGUAACCCUUUCAAAUUAAACGUAUUGUUUUAAUAACACAUGUAUUAACUAUAAAUUAUGUCCAUUGUAAUGGACGCAGGGUCUGAAGGGGUUAAGUAGUUUUUAUUAAUGUUUUUAAUUACAUAUCUUUAUUUUUGCAAUUAGGUCAAUGUAAAAAAAAGACACUAUGCUUAAUAAUAUAUGUAUUUUAUUAAGUUAUUUUGUGUGCACACUUAUACAUGUAAUUUACUAGUAACAAAAAACGUGCCCUAUACAGCUUUUUAAUUUUUUUUUCAGUACCUGAAUGUGGUGUACUUCCUUUCUUGGCCACUUGGUGGCGCAGUAAGGCUGUGCCAAUUCCAGGCAGCCCCCUAAAGCCAAUAAAC